AUGAAGGUCCUGGUGAUACUAAGUUUGAUGACUGUGGCCUCUCACGGCCUCUCAGUGAAACACCAGAGAAGUUUCGCUGCCGACUUCGUGUUCGGCUGUGCCACGGCUUCGUACCAAGUUGAGGGUGCAUGGAAUGAAGAUGGUAAAGGUGAGAAUAUUUGGGACCAUAUGACCCACAACAAACCAACGGUAAUUAAGGACCUCAGCAACGGUGAUAUCGCUGCUGACUCCUAUCACAAUUAUAAGCGAGAUGUUGAGAUCAUGAGGGAGUUAGGCCUCGACGCCUACCGUUUUUCACUCUCAUGGUCUAGAAUUCUUCCUACGGGUUUCGCUAGCGAAAUUAACCCUGCAGCAAUCGAAUAUUACAACAAUUUAAUUAAUGAGAUGCUAAAAUACGACAUCAAGCCCAUGGCUACCUUAUACCAUUGGGAUCUUCCACAAAAACUACAGGAACUCGGAGGUUUCGCGAACCCUUUAAUAGCUGAAUGGUUUGAAGAUUAUGCAAGAGUUGCGUACGAACACUUCGGCGAUAGGGUCAAGUUUUGGAUCACAAUUAAUGAGCCUAAAGAGAUCUGUCACCAGGGGUAUGGCUCCACUACUAUGGCUCCUAUUCUGAAUUCAACUGCCUUCGGUACCUACUUGUGCGCUAAACACCUGCUGCUUGCUCACGCCAAUGCAUACCAUGCGUACAAUAAUGACUUCAGGCCGACUCAGGGUGGUGAGUGCGGUAUCACCUUCGCCGUCAGCUGGUAUGAUGCCCUAACGGAUUCUGAUGAAGAUAAAUUUGCUGCUGAAUUAAAGAAACAGGGUGAUUACGGAUUGUACUCCGACCCGAUUUUCUCUGAGGAGGGAGGAUAUCCUACAGAUAUUGCCAAAAGAAUUGCUGAGAAAAGCGCUCAACAAGGCUUCUCGAAGUCACGUCUGCCAGAAUUCACAGAAGAAGAGAAGGCCUGGGUCCGAGGUACCUCAGAUUUUUACGGUGUUAAUCAUUACACUGCUAAAUUGAUUUCAGCAACCGAACACAAAGAACUAAAUGAUGUUCCAUCAUAUGAAGAUGAUCUAGAUAUUGGGACUUUUGUUCCUGAAGAGUGGCAAAAAUCAGGAGCCGACUGGUUAAUGAUGGCGCCCAAAAGCCUGUAUAACUGUCUAAUGGAUGUACACGAGAGAUACAACGCUCCAGUCCUUUAUGUCACUGAGAACGGUUGGGCUGAUUCUCUUGAGGUUGGCUUGUCGGAUGACCUUAGAGUCGAAUAUUACAGGGCCGCACUAGAAGAUGUAUUAGACGCCAUUGACGCUGGAGUCAAUCUUAAGGGAUAUUUGGCGUGGAGUUUGAUAGACAACUUUGAGUGGAUGUCAGGAUACUCACAACGCUUUGGCCUUUACUACGUAGACUACGAAGAUCCAGCGCGUACUCGCACUGCCAAGAAGUCAGCGUUCGUAUACAAGCACAUCGUCAAGAACCGCUACAUCGACUACGACUAUGAACCCGAGUCCAUGACUAUGACUAUUGAUGAGGGACAUUAA